UAAUCACUCAACACACUCUUGCCCAAUAUGGGAAAACUUCAAUGGGCUAUUUUUGUAGUUUUACUUAUAAACCUAGAUACCCUUAUCAUAUCAACUGCUUGUCCAACAUGUGAACCACCAUCUCCACCUACUAAACCACCACAAUUGCCACCACACUUCCCACCAAUUGUUGUCAAACCACCACCAAAAUCAUCACCACCAUAUGUUCCAAAACCACCAACCACCACUCCACCCACAGUUAAACCACCUUAUGUCCAUCCACCCAUCGUUAAACCCCCUUAUUUUCCAAAACCCCCCGUCGUACAUCCACCAAUUGUUAAACCGCCAUAUGUACAUCCACCUGUCGUUAAACCGCCUUAUAUUCCAAAACCACCCGUCGUACAUCCACCGAUUGUUAAACCACCUUAUGUACAUCCACCUGUUGUUAAACCGCCUUAUAUCCCAAAACCACCCGUAGUACAUCCACCAAUUGUUAAACCACCUUAUGUACAUCCACCUAUUGUUAAACCGCCGUAUAUCCCAAAACCACCCGUAGUACAUCCACCAAUAGUUAAACCACCUUAUGUUCCAAAGCCACCAUUAGUACAUCCACCUGUUGGAAAACCACCCUUGGUACAUCCACCUAUACUUAAACCGCCUUAUGUUCCAAAACCGCCGUUUGUACAUCCACCCAUAGUUAAACCACCAUUUGUUCAUCCGCCAAUUGUGAAACCACCCUUUAUCCAUCCACCCAUUUUCAAACCACCCUUUGUCCAUCCACCCAUUGUCAAACCACCCUUUGUCCAUCCACCCAUUGUCAAACCGCCUCCUUUGUUUCCACCGGUGGUAAUACCACCUAUAACAUUUCCACCAUUUUUUCCACACUACGCAUCACCACCACCACCAGUGAUAAAACCAUCACCACCACCUCAUCCACCAAUCGUAUAUCCUCCACCACCAACCACUAAACCUCCACCUCAUCCACCUAUAGUAUAUCCUCCACCACCAACCCCAAAACCUCCACCUCACCCACCAGUAGUGCAUCCUCCACCAACUACAAAGCCACCACCAGUUGAAAAACCAUGUCCACCACCCCCUCCGCCACCACUACCGUGCCCGCCACCACUAAAAUCAGUGCAAGAAAAAUCUUGAUCAUGAACAUUUGUAAUGCAAAAUAAAGUGUGUAAUUGUUUCUUACAUAUGUACGCCCCUAAUAAUCAGGAUUCCUUACUCAAAGGAAAACUCGAAGCCUAUUAAGAAGUUUGAUUCGUGUUAUAAGUUAUAAUAUUUCUUGUAUCGUGAAGUUAUUUCCAGUUGUUUUAUCAUUAGAAGUUUUUCAAAUAAACGUAUCAUGAAAGUUAUAAAAAA